AUGGUGAAUCCUUCUAAACCUACUGAUGGACUCAACAAUUCAAACGAAUUGUUGAACCAGUCAACAAAUCGAACUACAUCAGCUCUAACCACCAGUUUACAAGUCAUCAAUCCCAAACUCACUCAAAGCAAUUAUCGCUUUUGGAGUUCUCAGGUAUUAUCUACCAUUGGUUUACACGAACUUGAGGAUCAUCUUCUUGCUAACACAUCACAACAGCCAAGCCUCCACUAUGAAAGUUCACCUCUUCCACAACACAACAGCCACUUUCACUAUAAUGCUCCUCAGUUUAAUUCUGGUGUUGUUCUAUCCACUAAUAAUGCAACUGUUAAUGGUUUUGGUGUCCCUCGUCAACAGUUUGCUCUUACUACAUCACUCACACCUCCUGAUCCAAUAUGGUACAUGGAUUCGGGUGCAACUGAUCAUGUUACCUCAAACCUCAAUCAUCUGAAUUUUAGCAAAAACUACUCUGGAAAGGAUCAACUUCAAGUACGCAGCGCUUCUACUAAUACUUCUGCUCUUGCUUCACAAGGUCUUCAAUAUAAGUCAAUACAUUGUAGAAAUCCCUUUGUUUUAGUUAAGUCUAGUACUUCAUUUGUUUCAGCUGAACCUGAUGUUCAAGGUCACUUUGAUGCUUCUUUCAUGUUAGUUAAGUCUAAUGUUCAGGGUCAAUGUGACCUUAAUAAAAACUGUAGUAAUCCUAUUAGUUACAUUGAGUCUGAUACUAUUAAUCAGUAUGUGUCUAGCAAAAAUAAUGAUGAUGUAGUCCAUAAUUCUAAUAUUGGUCAAUGUAUUUCAUCUCUGAAUAAUAAAACUUCGGGUUCUGAUAAAUGUACUGCUCAAACACAUACUUUUGAUUCAUGUUCUGUUUUUGCUAACAUCAAUGCUUGCAUAUUCACUGCUGAAAAUUGCAUUGCUCACACACUUACCAUUGCUCCACAUUGUUUGACAGCAAGUUCUUCAAUAGCCACUGAUCCUUUUGCAGUAAACAUCACUCCUGACAACCAUGUUUCAGAUGAUACAACAAUUGGUAAGAAUUCUUCUCCUCUUAACUCUUCUUCCUUUAAUCCAAAUACAUAUUCUCCUUUACUACUUGCUUCCACUAAUUGUAAUAGUCCAUCCUCACCUAAUGUUACACCAUUACCUCCAAUUAAUACCUCUCUUGAUCAGUGUCCCUUACCCUGUAACAAACCUGGUUCUUCUGAAAACACUACUGCCAUUAACCCAAAAAUAGAAGCUGCUAUCCCUACAAGGUUUGCAGAUUGCUCGCUCAUACCAUGUCCGCUUGUAGUUGAUCUUACUUCUUCUCAAUUUGCUGCUGCUUUAGCUGGUUCAAGUCUGGAGUUAGAGUCUACUAAACUGAUUGAAGCUGAACCUACAACAGUCUUUGAAGCCCUUAAAUUGAACAAGGCUCUCUAUGGCCUUAAGCAACCUCUUAGAGCUUGGUUUGACAAGUUGAAAGCUGUCUUACAGCUCAAAGGUUUCCAGAAUUCAGUCUUAGACUCAAGUCUUUUCACUCUUCAGCAAAAUUCUAGUUAUAUAUAUGUUCUUGUAUAUGUUGACAAUAUAUUGAUUAGUGGUUCAGAUGAGGCCUUUAUAGCUCAGUUGAUGAACGAUCUUAAUGACCAUUUUGCGUUAAAUACUUUUGGCUCCCUUAAGUAUUUUCUAAGGCUGGAAGCAACCAGGAAUUCAAAUGGUAUUUACCUAAAGCAGUCCAAGUAUGCUUCUGACUUGUUGAUAAAAACUAAAAUGAUGGAAGCACUUGCUUGUUCCACUCCGAUGGAUGUUGGUGUCAAGCUUAGCUCCACAGACAGUGAACUUUUUUAG